UCUGCGCAUCAAGGGUUUGUGUUACUAUUUGGCGGGAGAACCAGAAAGUGACAAAUUGGAGUUUUAACUUUUAUUUUACGUUUGAUUGCCGAAAUAUCUGUCCUAUAUCAUGCCUAGAGCUAAGAAGCAGGGAAAGAGGAAGAGUUUGGACUCAGAUGAGGAAGAAGAAGAAGCGACCCAAUCACAGACGCAAUCACAAAGGAAGGGAAAGGGAAAGGGACCUGGAAAGAGAAGAACACAUGAUGAUGAUGAUGCUUCACAAGCUUUUCAAAGCCAAAAAGAAAAGCUCAGUGGUGCAGAACUUGAUAGAAAAGUUGCUGAGACAGUCAGGUACUUAUUGUUCUGUGACAAGAAGAAAAUACCUAUCAAAAGAGCAGAUAUUUCUAAAAAUGUACUUCGAGAACAUGCCAGAUCAUUUCCUCAAGUAAUUGAACAAGUUAAGAAACAGCUUCAAAAGGUAUUUGGUAUUAGUUUAGAAGAGAUAGAGGGCACAGGAAAGACAAAGUCAUACAUACUGAUUGAAUCCAUAGAUUGUGAAGAAAAACAUGGCAUGAUAGACUGGGGGAGUGACUCACCAAAGAUGAGUCUACUUAUGGUUAUAUUAAGCCUAAUAUUUAUGUCUGAAAACAUGAUUACUGAAGCUCAUCUUUGGCACACAUUGAAAAAGUUAGGACUAGAACAAAAAGUAGAGCAUCCAGUAUUUGGAGAUCCAGAAAAAAUGAUAUCACAAGAAUUUUUAAGACAAGGAUAUAUAGAGAAGAAGAAAAUUGUAGGGGGAGAUGAGACAUCUUAUGAGUAUCGUUGGGGUCAAAGAGCAUUCAAGGAGACAUCAAAAAGACAAGUAUUGGAGUUCAUGUCCGAG